AUGCGUACUAUAGUGUGCUGUUUGUGUGUUAUUCUUCUGUGGAGUGUCGUAGCGAAUGGCUCAUUGAAUGAUGAGUAUGACAGUGAUAAACGCUAUCAUCCGAGGCUUCCCGAUGAAAACGUUCCUGUCAAAGCGUCCCGAAAUGCAGAGCAGGAGCAAACGAUCGAGUACUGGAGAAACCAGGCAAAGGCCACAGUGGAAAAGCAUGUGAAACGAACGGAGAACACAAACAUUGCCAAGAAUGUCAUCAUGUUCUUGGGCGAUGGAAUGUCCAUCGCCACCGUUGCACUUGCAAGAAUUCAUGCAGGAGGCGAGGAGACUCCGUUGUCCUUUGAAGAGUUCCCGUACAUCGGCAUGGCGAAGACGUACUGUGUCGACUAUCAGGUACCCGAUUCAGCUUGCACAGCCACAGCUUUCCUGACUGGUAUCAAAGGCAAUAUAGCUACAAUCGGUGUUAAUGCUAAUGUGAAGCUUAGAGACUGUGAAGCUGGCCUAAAUCGAACAUUGCACACCACCUCUAUCGGUCAGUGGGCAAUUAAUGCAGGAAAAGAUGCUGGACUGGUAACGACGACUCGUGUCACACACGCUUCUCCAGCGGGAGUUUAUGCGCACACAGCGUUCAGAGAUUGGGAAAACGACUUUUAUGUGAAAGCUGAUGGUUGUGAUGCGAACCGUGUUGAUGAUAUUGCGGAACAGUUGGUGUACGGUGAGACUGGUGCUCAGCUAAAGGUAAUUAUGGGUGGUGGACGACGGGAGUUUAUGGAUCGUGAUGCGCAUGAGGAUUACGAAACGGGGAAAGGAGGAUAUCGAUCGGACGGAAGACAUCUGAUCAACGAAUGGUUGCGGAAUGGUCCUGUCGGAGAGAACCGAACGUUUGUGUGGAAACGAUCGGAUCUGCUGGCAGUGGAUCCACACCGGACGGACAAAAUACUUGGGCUGUUUGAACCAAGCCAUUGUGCGUAUAAUUUAGAAAAAAUUGAUAACAACAUGGACGAAGAGCCAACGCUCUCAGAGAUGGUAGACAAGGCGACCGAUAUCCUUAGUACCAACUCGAAUGGAUUCUUCCUAUUCGUGGAGGGCGGUCGAAUCGAUCACGGACAUCAUGACAAUCAGGCACGAUACGCCAUUGAUGAAACGGUGGAGUUCGCAAAAGCGAUAGAGUUAGCCCGUAAAAAGUUCAGUGAAGAAGACACGUUGAUCGUGGUGACAUCUGAUCACUCUCACACUGCUAGUUUUGCAGGAUAUGCGAAUCGUGGUAAUGACGUAUUCGGGACGGCCGGUAAUGGUGACGAUGGUCUUCCUUACAUGACAAUCAGCUAUGCUAAUGGACCGGGGCAUGCAAAGCAUGUUAAUGCGGAGACUGGAGCUCGGCUGGAUGUACGCCAGAUGGACCGAUCAAAGUCAAACUUUAUGUUUCCUGCCACUGUACCGCUGUACCUUGAAACACAUGCUGGGGAAGACGUUGGCGUGUAUGCGUCCGGCCCGUGGUCUCAUCUGUUUACUGGCACUUUCGAACAGAACCUCAUUCCGCACAUGAUGGCGUACGCUUCUUGCCUUGGUAAUGGGUUGAAGGCAUGUGAUUGA